CAACUAUUAAUAGAGUUGAAUGAGGUUGUCCCAUUAAUUCCACCUUAAAUUUUCCAAGGAAGAAAAAUUUGAUUAUUCUAGGAAUUAAUUAAUUAAUUAAUGUCUUCCGCAUGCAAGUCUCUUCGGCUUCCCUUCUUUAGCUACCUGUCUAUAAAUAUUCAUCAAAGCAUUCAUCCGAGGAGUCUCUUUCCAUACAUCUUCAGAAUCAGUUUCAAAUCAUACAUCUUGACAAGAUGCCUCCAAAUUCUGUUGCAAAGUAUGUAGUGCAGGUUGUGAAGUCCGAGACGGAGACGCCGAAACUAUUGCCUAAGAAAUCCUGUGUAGAGAAUUUGCAGAAAGUACUUGUGAAGUCGGAGACGGAGAUGCCGAAGUAGUUGAGAAGCCGGAGACGGAGAUGCCGAAAGUAGUGGCUAAUAAGUCUAAAAUAGAGUAUCCGACGAAAGAAUAUGCGAAGACAGAGACGGAGAUGCCGAAGUCAUCUGUAGAUUAUUUGGCGCCGGAGAUGAAGAAGUUAAAGACGGAGGUCACGAAAUGGGAGACGGAGACGGAGAAAUUAGUGGCUAAGCAUUUCGCAGAGAUAGCGGAGUGGGAAACGGAAAAGGAUAGAAUAGAGGCUAAGCAUAUGGCAGAGAUAGGGAAGCGGAAGGCGAAGAAAGCGAAAGUAGAGGCUAAGCAUUUGACAGAGGUAAGGCAAUGGAAGACGAAGAAGGCGAAAAUAGAGGCUCAGCUGUCCAAUAUAAAGUCGAAGAUUGCCAAUCAGGAUAAGAUUAUGGCUCAGCUAUCGAAGACAAAGUCGAAGAUUGCCAAAAAACAAGAGAUUAUGUGUCGGAGCUCGCAAAGUUACUGGAGCUGACCAUAAUAGUGGCUAAUAUAGUGAGGUAGCGGCAAAGUGGAAGGCGGAGACGACAUAACUAUUUGCUAAUAUGGAGAAGAUAGAGUGGUCUACAGAGUAUCAGCCGGGGUUCAUG